AUGCGUAGUACCUCAGGGUCAGCAGGAAAGGAGCUGCACCCAUACUGCGUGUUGAAUGCCUUUGAUGGGAGCAGCUUGCCAAGACUUGCCAAGUCCUGUCUUGUUACAGGCACGUGCUUUCAGACAUUGUGGUUCUUGAACCGCUUUGAAUGUGCUGCUGUCACCAGCCCUCGCAGCACUCCAGCAGCAUUACACUCCUCAGCUGGCAAAGACAGAAAAAAAUCUACUAAGAGUUGGAUUGAACGAUGUCUCAAUGAAAGUGAAAACAAACGGUAUUCCAGCCACACCUCUCUGGGGAAUGUUUCUAACGAUGAAAAUGAGGAAAAAGAAAAUAAUAGAGCAUCAAAACCACACUCAACUCCAGCUACAUUGCAAUGGCUGGAGGAGAACUAUGAGAUUGCAGAAGGUGUUUGCAUUCCUCGAAGUGCUCUCUACAUGCAUUACUUGGACUUCUGUGAGAAAAAUGACACACAACCUGUUAAUGCUGCCAGCUUUGGGAAGAUAAUAAGGCAACAGUUUCCACAGCUAACGACAAGAAGACUCGGAACCAGAGGCCAAUCAAAGUACCAUUAUUAUGGAAUUGCAGUGAAAGAAAACUCCCAGUAUUAUGAUGUGAUGUAUUCUAAAAAAGGAGCAGCUUGGGUGAACGAAACAGGAAAAAAAGAAGUAACCAAACAGACAGUGGCAUAUUCACCACGAUCCAAACUGGGAACAUUACUGCCAGAGUUUCCAAAUGUCAAAGAUCUAAAUCUGCCAGCCAGCCUGCCAGAGGAGAAGGUCUCUACCUUUAUUAUGAUGUAUAGAACUCACUGUCAGAGGAUACUAGACACUGUAAUAAGAGCAAACUUUGAUGAGGUUCAAAGUUUUCUUCUGCACUUUUGGCAAGGGAUGCCUCCUCAUAUGCUGCCCGUAUUGGGAUCUUCGACUGUAGUGAACAUAGUUGGAGUUUGUGAUUCAAUCCUGUACAAAGCAAUCUCUGGAGUUUUGAUGCCAACAGUACUACAAGCAUUGCCUGACAGUUUGACGCAGGUGAUCCGGAAGUUCGCAAAGCAGCUGGAUGAGUGGCUGAAAGUAGCUCUCCACGAUUUGCCAGAAAACCUACGGAAUAUCAAAUUUGAAUUGUCCAGAAGGUUCUCACAAGUACUCCGUCGACAGACAUCAUUAAAUCAUCUCUGCCAAGCAUCAAGAACAGUGAUCCACAGUGCAGACAUCACGUUUCAAAUGCUGGAGGACUGGAGGAAUGUGGAUCUGAAUAGCAUUACCAAACAAACCCUCUAUACUAUGGAGGACUCACGGGAGGAACACAGAAAGCUCAUCAUACAAUUGUAUCAGGAGUUUGAUCACCUUCUGGAGGAGCAGUCCCCCAUUGAGUCAUACAUCGAGUGGCUGGAUUCCAUGGUGGACAGAUGUGUUGUAAAGGUAGCUGCCAAGAGACAAGGCUCUUUGAAGAAAGUAGCUCAGCAGUUCCUCCUGAUGUGGUCCUGUUUUGGCACUCGAGUGAUUCGGGACAUGACUUUGCACAGUGCACCCAGCUUUGGGUCUUUUCACCUUAUUCACUUGAUGUUUGAUGACUACGUAUUGUACCUGCUAGAAUCACUCCAUUGUCAGGAGAGAGCUAAUGAGCUAAUGAGGGCAAUGAAAGGAGAAGGAAGCACAGCAGAAUUAAGAGAAGAAAUUAUUCUGAGUGAACCAGCUCCUCCAACUCCUUCCCCAGUGCCAUUCUCCCCAGCUAAAUCUGCCACCUCAGUAGAAGUACCCUCUGCCCCCUCACCUGUCAGCAAUCAGUCUCCAGAAUAUGGUGUCAUAGCAGCUACAACAGGAGCUAUGCAAUCCUAUACGUGGUCACUCACCUACACUGUUACCACAGCUGCUGGGUCACCUGCUGAAAAUUCCCAACAGCUGCCUUGCAUGAGAAGUCCACAUGUACCAUCAUCAUCUGUGACACACAGGAUACCUGUUUAUCCCCACAGAGAAGAACACGGAUACACAGGAAGUUACAACUAUGGUAGCUAUAGCAACCAGCAUCCCCAUCCAAUGCAGAGUCAGUACCCAUCCUUACCACAUGAUACUGCUAUUUCUGGACCACUUCACUACUCAGCUUACCACAGAAGCUCUUCACAGUACCCUUUCAACAGCCCAACAUCAAGAAUGGAGCCCUGUUUGAUGAGCAGUGCUCCAAGGCUCCAUCCCACACCAGUGACUCCUCGCUGGCCAGAGGUCCCAGCUGCAAACUCCUGCUACACGAGUCCACCCAUGCACUCCACAAGAUAUGGGAACUCUAGUGACAUGUACACCCCCUUGACUACACGCAGAAAUUCUGAAUAUGAGCACAUGCAACACUUUCCUGGCUUUGCCUACAUCAAUGGGGAAGCCACCACGGGUUGGGCUAAAUGA